UGUCCAAGACUUUCAGCUUGCCCAGCUGUUCCCUGAGAAGGGCUACUGGCAGGGAGGGACAACAGCAGACAAGUGUUAAGAAGCACUGUAACUCGAAGAUUCUUUUUAACAGCUUUUUCACUUUUUCACCUACUGGAGCAGGAGGAAACUUAAGGAAUGAAUAUGAUGCCAACAUCUUACUCAGAUCUGGUCAAGGAGAGGAAGGAAAGGGCUCAAGCAGUUCAUAAAGAGAUUGAGGGAGACCACUUGAACCUGGGGAAGAAGAUCAGUGUCCCCAGGGAUGUGAUGAUGGAGGAGCUGGCCUUGCUUUCCAAUAAGGGGUCGAGGAUGUUUCACGAGAGGCAGAAACGGGUCGACAGGUUCACUCUGGAGAACAUGAAAGAGGGGCCUCUCACUGUUAAGAAUGGCACUCAGCCAUUGUCAGACAGCGGGAAAGAGAAUUUCAGAACAGAGAUCUACAUCGGGCCACCUGGCAAAGGUGAUUUCCUCUCAACACUGAAGAAAAAGGCAGCUAAAAAAAGUGGAAAUCCAAACUCCAUUGCACCAGGGUACUCUGGACCCCUGAAGGAAAUGCCACAUGAGAAGUUUAACAUCACAGUCAUCCCAAAAUCCUACCAGUCACCUUGGAGGGAGUCCCUUACUGACAUGGAGGAGCUCCUGCAUUCCCUGAACCAACAGCUCCCUGAGCCUCCCACAAAACCACAGUUCAGGUGCUUUAACAGAGCGCCUUUGCCUUUUGGAGGAACAGCAGGAUACGAGAGGACAUUUCCUUUGCCAGGCUUCGAGCUCUCCCAUGCACAGACUGAGCCCAGCUUAAGCCUGGCUCGUAUCCUAAACAGACCCAACUUCAACCGUGCACCUAGAGGCUGGGGGGUCUGCUUUUCUCCAGAGUCUGCUGAGCUGUAAACCCAGGGACUACGAUCUACAAAUCAGAGUCAUCACACAGAAAAGCACUGCCUCCCUAUCUUACUCUUUACAACCCUCAUGAGCCAGACCAUUCAAAAUAUAAACGCCAUUUAAUUAGGUUUUGUUUUAAAAUAUACGGGAGAGGGUAGUCGAGAAUGGGAAACUAUUUAUUUUUUUUCCCCAGAACAAAUGUACUCCAGCAUCUGAACGCAACACUAUUCUUUUAGAUAAAAAUGAUAAGACAUCACUAUUAACAUUAAAAAGGGUCUUGACAAGAGGAAAA